AUGUUCCCACAAACCUUGUUUCCCACUCUCCUUUGUGUGGUUCUAGUUCCUCUCCACGCUGCUCAGCUUGAUGUCGAUGUUGGAGAUGUCAGUCCUACCUCCUGUGCAGAAAAGAGGAACUGCCCCAUCAAUGUCUACUUCAUCAUUGACACCUCGGAGAGUGUGGCUCUGCAGACUGUGCCCAUCCAGAGCCUCGUGGACCAAAUAAAGCGGUUCAUCCCCAUGUUCAUCGAUAAACUGGAGAGCGAGCUCUACCAGAACCAAGUCUACAUCACCUGGCAGUUUGGUGGGCUCCAUUACUCAGAUGUGGUAGAAAUUUACAGCCCUUUGACAAGCAGCAAAGACAUUUACCUGCCCAGGCUGUCUGCCAUCAAGUACCUGGGCCGGGGCACCUUCACAGACUGUGCAAUCUCCAACAUGACCCAGCAGAUCCAGACCCAGAUGGCCAACGGUGUGAACUUCGCAGUGGUCAUCACCGAUGGCCACGUGACAGGCAGCCCCUGUGGGGGGAUGAAGAUGCAGGCCGAGAGGGCACGAGACAUGGGCAUCAAGCUGUUUGCAGUGGCCCCUAGUGAGAAGGUGUACGAGCAGGGCCUGCGGGAGAUUGCCAACCUGCCGCACGAGCUGUACCGCAACAACUACGCCAUCACCCAAAGGGACACCCUGGAGAUAGACGUAAACACUAUCGACAGGAUCAUCCAGGCCAUGAAACACGAAGCCUACGGCGAGUGCUACAAGAUGAGCUGCCUGGAGAUUGCAGGUCCACCUGGUCCCAAGGGAUACCGAGGGCAGAAGGGUGCAAAGGGGAACAUGGGUGAGCCAGGUUCCCCUGGGCUGAAGGGACGACAGGGUGACCCAGGUAUUGAAGGUCCAAUCGGAUACCCUGGUCCCAAGGGCAUCCCAGGGCUGAAAGGAGAGAAGGGAGAAAUUGGAUCUGACGGACGGAGGGGUGCCCCUGGCUUGGCAGGAAGGAAUGGCACAGAUGGACAGAAGGGCAGGCUGGGGAGAAUUGGACCACCAGGAUGCAAGGGUGACCCUGGUGACAAGGGCCCUGAUGGCUACCCAGGAGAUGCAGGAGACCAAGGAGAAAGGGGAGAUGCAGGCAUAAAGGGGGAUCCUGGCCGUCCUGGUCGCAGUGGACCCCUGGGGCCCCCAGGAGAAAAAGGAAGCCCGGGUCUUCCAGGCAACCCUGGAGCCCAAGGACCUGCUGGAAUCAAGGGACGGAAGGGUGAAGUGGGACCUCCUGGACCCAAAGGAGAGGCUGGGCGACGUGGAGAUCCAGGGACGAAAGGCAGCAAAGGCUCUCCUGGAGGCAUAGGAGAAAGGGGAGAUCCUGGUCCAGAGGGUACUCGUGGUCUGCCUGGUGAGGUUGGAAACAAAGGAGCCAGGGGUGAACAAGGACUGCCAGGACCCCGAGGCCCUUCAGGUGCUGUGGGAGAGCCAGGCAGGAUAGGAUCACGUGGGGACCCUGGUGACUUGGGUCCAAGAGGUGAUGCUGGACCACCAGGACCAAAGGGUGACAGAGGCAGGCCUGGAUUUAGCUAUCCUGGACCCAGAGGACCUCAGGGUGACAAGGGUGAGAAGGGACAGCCAGGACCCAAGGGAGGACGAGGUGAGCUUGGACCAAAAGGAGUACAAGGGACCAAAGGAGAGAAGGGGGAGCUGGGUGAUCCUGGCCCAGGAGGAGAGCCUGGACAGCGUGGUCCACCUGGUGAAGCAGGCCCUGAGGGGACCCCUGGCCCACCAGGAGACCCCGGUCUGACUGACUGUGAUGUGAUGACCUAUGUGCGAGAGACAUGCGGAUGCUGUGACUGUGAGAAGCGUUGCGGUGCCCUGGACAUCAUGUUUGUCAUAGACAGCUCUGAGAGUAUUGGCUACACCAACUUCACCCUGGAGAAGAAUUUUGUCGUUAAUGUGGUCAGCAGGCUGGGCUCUAUUGCCAAGGACCCCAAAUCACAGACAGGUGCCCGUGUUGGGGUGGUGCAGUACAGUCACGAGGGGACUUUUGAAGCCAUCAAGCUUGAUGACGAGCGCAUUGAUUCCCUGUCGAGUUUCAAGGAAGCAGUGAAGCGCCUGGAGUGGAUUGCUGGAGGCACCUGGACACCAUCUGCCCUUCAAUUUGCCUACAACAAGCUAAUCAAGGAAAGCAGGAGAGAGAAAGCCCAAGUGUUCGCUGUGGUGAUCACAGAUGGGCGCUACGACCCCCGGGAUGAUGACAAGAACCUCGGGGCUCUUUGUGGUAGAGAUGUGGUGGUCAACACCAUCGGCAUAGGAGACAUGUUCGACCAGCCAGAACAGAGCGAGACUCUGGUCUCCAUUGCCUGCAAUGAACCCCAGCGAGUCCAGAAGAUGAGGCUCUUCUCAGACCUGGUGGCAGAGGAGUUCAUUGACAAGAUGGAGGAUGUGCUCUGCCCAGAUCCACAGGUUGUCUGCCCUGAGCUGCCCUGUCAGACAGAGCUUGCCGUGGCCCAGUGCACCCAGCGCCCCGUUGACAUUGUCUUCUUGCUGGAUGGCUCAGAAAGGAUCGGGGAGCAGAACUUCCAGAGUGCCCACCGCUUCAUAGACAACGUGGCCCGGCAGCUGACACUGGCUCGGAGCAACAGUGACCACAUGAACGCCCGGAUUGCACUGCUGCAGUACGGCAGUGAGCGGGACCAGAACGUGGUCUUCCCACUGACCCACAACCUCACUGAGAUCUCUGAUGCCCUGACUCAGAUCAAGUACCUGGAUUCGUCUUCCAACAUCGGGUCAGCCAUCAUCCAUGCUAUCAACAACAUUGUACUCAGCCCAGGCAAUGGGCAGCGGCUUGCCCGGCGCAAUGCCGAGCUUUCCUUUGUCUUCAUCACCGAUGGUAUCACGGGAAGCAAGAACCUGGAGGAGGCCAUCAACUCCAUGAAGAAGCAAGAUGUCAUGCCCACAGUGGUUGCUCUGGGGAGUGAUGUGGACAUGGAUGUCCUGCUGAAGCUUGGCCUGGGGGACCGGGCAGCCAUCUUCCGGGAGAAGGACUAUGACAGCCUCUCCCAGCCCAGCUUCUUUGACAGGUUCAUUCGGUGGGUUUGUUAA